AUGAAAUCUACUGUUUUAAAACUUGGUGCUUUGGGCACAUUGGCCUUUGGUGGUAGCUUAGCAAUUGUUCGUAAGGAACAUUACAAGAGUUCAAUAGACAAAGAUGUAAUUUAUACCACCGGAAAUAUUAAGAAUAGAAAGCAAAUGUUGGAGGAUUUAAAACACAAUCAUUUCGAUGUUGUCAUCAUUGGUGGCGGAGCCACAGGUACUUCAGUGGCUUUAGAUUUUGCAACUAGGGGUAUCAAAUGUGCACUACUCGAAGCGAAUGAUUUUGGAUCAGGAACUUCGUCCAAGUCCACCAAACUAUUGCAUGGCGGCGUUAGAUAUCUUGAAAGUGCUCUACUUAAACUGGAUUUCUUUGAGUUGUACUUUGUUUGGAGAGCCUUGGAGGAAAGGGCGCAUUUGCUGAACUCUAUGCCCUAUGCAAACACUCCACUUGCAAUAGUAUUGCCUUUCUAUAAGAAAUGGCAAGUUCCCUAUUUUUGGUUCAAUAUAAAGGUCUACGAACUAUUGGCUCGUUUUGUUUGUCUAAACCAGACAGGAGUUCCUGCGUCUUACUUCACUUUCAAGGGGAAAACGCUAGAAAAUUUUCCACAACUCAGAGAAGAUGGAUUGCUAGGUUCGGUGGUAUAUUAUGAUGGGCAACAUAAUGAUUCUAGGACUAAUGCCAUGAUAGCUUUUACAAGUGCCAUGCAGGGAUAUGUUCCAGGACAAGAGGCCUCGACUAUCGCAAAUCAUGCAAAAGUUACAAGUUAUAUAUCAAAUAGUUCUGGGCAAGUAGUGGGAGUUAAUGUAAAGGACACUAUUAGUGGCGAAGAAUUUAAAGUUAUGGGGAAAGUAGUGGUUAAUUGUGCAGGCCCUUUUGCUGAUAAAGUCCGGGAAAUGGGCAUUAAAGAGCACAAAUCGCGAAUGUUACACUCAAGAGGUACACACAUUGUUGUACCCAAGUAUUUCUGCCCGAAUGAGCAUGGAUUGUUUAUUUCAAAGACCACCGACGGGCGUGUAUUGUUUGUUAUCCCAUGGUUAAACCACGCCCUACUAGGCACUACUGACAACGCUGAUGAUCUUGCAUGGAACCCUGAAGUUAAAAAGGCAGACAUCGACUUUAUAGUUAAUGAUGCAUCGCUAAUGCUCAAUAUUGAUCCUGAGUUUUUGAGGAAGAAUAUAAAAUCACAAUGGGCUGGCUUACGUCCACUGAUAGCUGGAGUGGAUGCAGUUAAUGAAACGGGAAAGCUUUCUAGAGGGCACAUGAUAAUUGUGGAUCCUAAUGGUGUAAUCAAUGUUUUGGGUGGGAAAUGGACAAUAAGUCGUUUAAUGGCUGAAGAGUGUGUUGAUAAAGCAUUGAGUGUGCACAAGGACAAAUUGGAACCAAAGUUCAAAUGCCGCACCAAAAAUAUUAGGUUAUUAGAUGACCUAGAUCCAAAAUAUAGCUUACUAGCUACUUCAUUGGUCAGGGAUUUCCCUGAGUUGACUUAUGAACAAGCAAGCCAUCUGGUUAGAAGUUACGGUUACAAUGCCAAAAAGGUGUGUUCUAUAGGUAGAAAUAAAGGUCUACUAAAACCAUUAAGUGCUAAACACCCAUUUUUACUGGCAGAGAUACCAUAUGUGGUGGAGAAUGAAAUGGCUUGCACAGUGAUUGACGUACUGGCUAGACGAUUAAGAUUGGCCUUUUUAGACUCUAAGGAAGCAAUAAGUGCAACUCAGAUUACUGCCGAUUUGAUGGGCCAAUAUUUGAAUUGGGACGACGGGAUGAAAAGGAAAAACAUCUUCGACGCUACACAGUACUUUGGUAAAAUGAUGGGAACAUGA